AUGAUUUUUUUAUUGCUGUUUUUACUGGGGGCUGCAGAAGCGCGUAAGCAGUACGUUUCGGUGUGGCCGGACGUAACAAUAAAAACUAAAGGAGAAAUAUGGCCUCUUCCGCAAUUUUUUGAGAAAACUAACAAAACUUGGCGUUUGGACCCAAAUAAUUUGGUAAUUACGGAGAGUACUCACUGCGAAAUAAUCACUGAAGCAAUCAAAAGAUACCGUGAAAUAUUUUGUAAACACUUGAAUAUUGCUGACGAUGAUCCGCAAACGGAAACCUUAAAGAGUUUGGAAAUAAUUCUUUCUCAAUGUUCGUCUGAUGUGCCGCAGUCUGAUAUGGAUGAAAGCUACAAAAUUAAUAUCACUUCAGAGAAUGCUGUCAUUAAAGCUGCUAAUGUCUGGGGAGCAUUACGGGGACUUGAGUCUUUCUCGCAACUAAUACACUCCAAUGAAAAAAGCGAGUGCCAAAUAAACGGGGCAAUUGUUAGGGACUUUCCGAGGUUCCAACAUCGUGGCGUUUUGCUGGACACAUCUAGGUCAUCAACUCAAAUUCUUUUGAUUUCUUUACUAAACUUAAAACACUUUCUGUCGUUGAACGCUUUAAAGGCAACUAUAGAGUUAAUGGCACAGAAUAAAUUUAACGUCUUCCACUGGCAUAUCGUAGAUGAGCAAUCUUUCCCGUAUGACUCCAAAGUAUUACCUUUGUUGAAGAAAGGAGCUUUUACACCUAGACAUGUGUACACAAUAGAAGAUGUUAAGGAUAUAAUAGAAUAUGCGCGUCUACGAGGUAUUCGUGUUGUACCUGAAUUUGAUACGCCGGGUCACGCGAGGUCCUGGGGAUUUGGUUAUCCAGAUUUACUCAGCAGGUGUUUCUACGAUGACGGCAAAGAGGAUUUUUAUCGCUGUUUAGUAGACCCAACACAGCAGGAUACUUGGGACAUUAUGCUUUCGCUUUUUCAAGAAGUAUUUGAAGUUUUCCCAGAAGAAUAUGUCCACCUUGGUGGAGAUGAGGCUGAGUUUUGGACCUCGCACUGCUGGAAAAACAAUGAAAACAUAACAAAUUUUAUGAAGGUACUCGAACUGAAUGACACAAGGCAGCUUCAAGCUUGGUAUUUCGACCACCUAUUAGCAAUUCUGAGGUUAUCCAAAACUGGUCGGCAGAAGACAUUCUUGGUUUGGCAGGAAGCUGUCGAAACGAACGUUCAAGUGGAAGGUUUGAUUGGUCAUGUUUGGAAGGGAUCCUCGCAUGAGCAGUACAGCAACUAUUUGAAGUCUGUUACUAGCAAAGGUUAUCGUGCAAUAUUUUCAUCCUGCUGGUACCUGGACCGAAUAUCAACAUCUGUUGAGUGGCGAGGUUACUACAGUUGCGAUCCGCAGGAUUUCAAUGGAACGGCAGAGGAGAAGAAACUUGUGAUAGGAGGGGAAGCAGCGCUUUGGGGCGAAUGGGUAGACGAUAGCAAUGUAGUGUCGCGACUGUGGCCGCGAGCUUCAGCAGUUGCUGAACGACUGUGGAGUGACCAAAAUAGUACGUCGGACGUUAAUGCUGCGUGGCCAAGACUUUAUGAGAUGCAGUGUAGAAUGAAGGCAAGAGGAUAUCCAGCACAACCAGUUAACGGACCCGAUUACUGCGAGUUUGAGUACGAAUCUAACCUUCCAGUAUGA